AUCUCUGUGCCCACCUCCCUCUGUUGCAGGACCUGUCGGGCUCCAUCGACGACCUGCCCACGGGGACGGAGGCUGGUCUGGGCUCAGCGGCCAGCGCCUCAGGCUCCUCCAGCAGCCAGGGCGAGCAGAGCAAUCCAGCACCGUCGCCAUUCUCUCCCCGCACUUCCUCGCCGCACCUUCCUGGGGCACGUGGAGCGCCCUCGCCCUCUCCCGUGGGAUCCCCCGUCGGCUCCAACCAGUCCCGCUCGGGGCCAAUCUCCCCUGCCAGUGUCCCAGGCACCCAGAUGGCCCCACAGACCCCCGGGACCAUGUCGGACGUGGGCCCCCACGCUGCUCUGAGCCAGUCACCCAUGUCGCAGGAGAGGGGGUUCAUUCCUGGCAUGCAGAGGAACCCAGUCGUGUCCCAGUUUGGCACUCAGUCGUCCGGUCCAUCCAUGUCUCCUCACCCUUCACCAGGAACCCAGAUGCAUCAUGGGAUGGGCUCCUAUCCCCAGAGUGGCUCGGGCAGCUCCUACGGAUCUCAGAGCGGCCAGUACGGACCCCAGGGUAACUACCCCCGGCCCCCCAACUAUGGAGGCACCCCCAGCGGUAGCUACAGUGGCCCAGGCCCCGGCAUGACCAACAGCUUGGGCCUGAACGCCAACAGCCCCAUGCACGGCCAGGGUCCUGGGCAGACAUGCAGCUCCGGGCCAGUGGGUCGCAGCCCUGGGCCCGGUCCCGCAGUAGGUGGGCGACCGUACUCCGGCACCAUGAGCGGGGCGGCCCCUGGCUCACCCAGCGUGCCCCAACCGACCGGCCCCGGCAUGGGCCCGCCUGUUGCCAACAUCAGCCGCAAGGCUCCAGAGGUCGGCGGCACAGCCAGCUCCGCCCAGGGCAGGCAGGGAAGCUACCCUGGCACGAACCACAUGGGGAUGAUGGGGGCCAACUCGCCAUACAGCCAGCUGGCAGGGAACAGCUCUGGGGUGAUGACAUCACAGGCGCCGCCCUUCAGUGUUCCGCCCACAGGGGGUGCUGGUGAGAACAUGAUGGCUGCUGACCCAAAGCAGAAAACUGACAACAAGGAGGAGAGCGUUCCACCUACAGAGACUGCCAAAGCUAAGGAUGGAUACAGCUCUCAGUGUAUAUCUCAGCCCCCGACGCCUGGUGCCCUGCCCGUCCCCUCCCCGCUGUCCCCCAGCCCUGCUAGUCUGUCCUCCUACCACGGCGAUGACAGCGAUAGCAUCAGCAGCCCUGCCUGGCCAAAGACGCCAUCCAGCCCUAAGUCCAACUCCUCGACCAUGACCGGCGAGAAGAUCGGCCGGCUGUACGACAUGGGCGGCGAGCCGGAAAGGAAGCUCUGGGUGGAGCAAUACCUCUCCUUCAUGGAGGAGCGUGGCACACCUGUGCCAAACCUGCCCGCCGUGGGCAAGAAGCCCCUGGACCUCUGCAAGCUCUACAUGACGGUCAAGGAGAUGGGCGGCCUGGCCAUGGUGAACAAAAAUAAGAAGUGGAGGGAGCUGGCGGGGGCCCUCAGCAUGGGCACGUCCAGCAGCGCCGCCAGCUCACUGAAGAAGCAGUACAUCCAGUAUCUGUUCGCCUUCGAGUGCAAGGUGGAGCGCGGCGAGGAGCCCCCCCCGGAGGUCUUCGCCAUGGCCGACGGCAAGAAGCAGACCAAGAUCCAGCCGCCGUCGCCCGCCAACUCUGGCUCCCUUCAGGGCCCCCAGACUCCACAGUCAACAGGGAGCAGUUCCAUGGCCGAGAUGCCAGGAGACCUGAAGCCCCCCACCCCGGCAGGCACGCCUCACAGUCAGGUCACCCCGCUGCAGGGCAGCAGGAACAGCACUGUCAGCGUGCAAGACCCCUUCUCAGAGGUCAGUGACCCCGCCUUCCAGAAGCGCAACUCCUCGACCCCUGGCGCCCCCUACCCACAGGGCACCAACAUGUCGGACGUCAUGAUGCGGAUGCAGUUCGAGGCCAACAAGGACCCGUUCACGGGCAUGAGGAAGGUAGCGGGCGCAGAACCAUUCAUGUCGGCACAGAUGCCCGGUAGCGGCAUGCAGGACAUGUACAGCCGAGCGCCAUCCAGUGCCAUGGCCGGCCUUGGCAUGGGCCAGCGUCCGCAGUACCCCUAUGGGGCCGGAUACGACCGGAGAUCAGACCAUGUGAUGGGCAUGGAGGGUAACAUGGGACCCCCCGGGAACCAAGGCAACAUGGUACCUUCCAACAGUGACCCCAGCAUGUAUUCUCCCAACCGAUACCCCUCUCAGUCGAGGCACGAAGGCUACAGCCAGCAGUACGGCGGCAUGCCCUACGGCGGGCACCCCCCUGGAAUGUUCCCCCAGCAGCAGAGCUAUAAGCGGCCGAUGGAGAGGAUGUACAGCGGCCCACCAGCCAAGCGACACGAGAGUGAUGUGUACGGGGUGCCCUACAGCGGCCAGCAGCCCGACAUCUAUGGGCAGUACGGAGGCAGCUACUCGGGCCCCGAGCGGCGCCCCCCACAGGGCCAGUUUCCAUACUCAUACGGCCGCGAGCGCAUGGCUGGUCCAGGCCAGGGCCCCCCACAGCAGCCCCCACAGCACGGAAUGUCUCCUCAGAUGAUGGGCGGGGGCGGCUCGGUCGAGGGACCCCAGGCCAACAUGUGGCCCCCCCGGACAGACAUGCCCUACCCGUACCCCAACCGGCCAAGCCAAGGGCCGCCUUCGCAGGUACCUCCAUACCCCGGCAUGGGGAGGGGAGACGACAUGGACAGUCGGUCCGGGCAGGAUGGACCGUGGCCUGGUCACGGGGGCCAGCGGCAGUCCUCCUUCUUACCGCCCUCCACGGGGUCCAUGCCCCCCAUGAGCGGCAGGCCCCCGCCAUCCAGCCCAGCCAUGCCCAACCACAUCUCCCGGGCACCCAGCCCCGCUUCCUUCCAGCGCUCCCUGGAGGCCCACAUGUCACCCAACAAAGCAGCCUACAUGUCCUCCAUGAAGAUGCCCAAAGUGGGCAUGCCCGUGCCUGGCCAGCAGGGCGGCCCUCUCCCAGGCCAGGGCCCUCCACACAACAGGCGGGACCUGCACUUUCCUUCAGGGUCCAUAGAGGGCACCAUGCCUGUUCUCAAGCCGCGACGAAAACUUACCUCAAAAGACACUGGAACUCCAGAGGCAUGGCGGGUCAUGAUGUCGCUCAGGUCAGGCCUGCUGGCGGAGAGCACCUGGGCGCUGGACACCAUCAACGUGCUGCUCUAUGACGACAGCACCGUGGGCUCCUUCACGCUCUCGCAGCUGCCUGGCUUCCUGGAGCUCGUGGUGGAGUACUUCAGGAGGUGUCUCAUCGAGAUCUUCGGGAUUCUUAGAGAGUAUGAGGUUGGAGCCGAGGGCCAGAAGACGCUCCUGGGACCCGGUGCCGACGAGAAGUCUGAAGAACCUCCUGACUCUGAGGGCGAACCCGAGCCCAAGAUGGAGGAAGGGGAGGGGCUGAGGGAGGAGCAGCAGCCCAGCCAAUCAGAAGAAGCCCUGGCCAAUAAGGAGGAAGCCGCCCCAGAAUUGGAGAAAGAGGCGAUGGUGGAUGGGGUGGCUAAGGAUGCAGACGGCGAGCCGCGGCUGGAGGGCGAGUGGCCUUCAGAGCAACCCAUCCUGGAGCUGGAGCCAGAACCGGAGCCUGAGCCGCGGCCCAAGCAGGCCAGCAAGUACGACAGGUUCCCGGUGAAGGUGCAGAAGAAAGAGGACGACUUUGUGGAGGACUGCUCUGACCGUCUGGGCCAGGUGCAGGAGUUCACCAGCGGGCUGCAGCACUGGCAGGCGGGCGGCGGGGACUCCACGGCGCACAUCCAGAUCCACUUUGAUAGCAAGAGCGAGGGGCCUGCCUGGGGGGUGGUGUGUGGAAGGGAGGCGGGGCCUGGGUCACAAAUGAGGGCGGCCAACAACGAGGAGUGCGGAGAAGAGGCAGUAGAGAGAAGCAUCACCGCCACCGUUGAUGAUGUGCUCUGCGCCAGGCAUGGCAGCCUCUCCGAGGGCGGCUCCUCCCUGGGGGCCCAUGGCGGCUCAUACCCUUUCCGACUGGAUGAGGCCGAGGGUCGUCGUCGCAUCACGGUCCUGGAGGAUGAGCCACGCACCCUGGAUGAGGCACCGCUGUCUACCGCCGCCACCUGGCAAGAUUCCCUGGCCCGCCGCUGUAUCUGCGUCUCCAACAUCGUGCGCAGCCUCUCGUUUGUGCCUGGCAAUGACGCCGAGAUGUCCCGGCACCCCGGCCUGGUGCUGAUCCUGGGUGAGCUGGUGCUGCUGCACCACGAGCACCCUGAACGCAAGAGGCCGCCCCAGACCUACGAGCGGGAGGAGCAGGACCGCGGCCUGGCCUGCAGCCGCGACGAAUGGCGCUGGGACUGCCUGGCUGCACUGCGGGAGAACACCAUGGUGACUCUGGCCAACAUCGCCGGGCAGCUCGACCUGUCCCUCUACCCAGAGAGCAUCUGCCUGCCUAUCCUGGAUGGCCUGCUACACUGGAUGGUGUGCCCCUCGGCUCAGGCCCAGGACCCAUUUCCCGCCGUGGGGCAGCACUCUGCCCUGACACCACAGCGCCUCGUCCUGGAGACCCUGUGCAAGCUGAGCAUCCAGGACAACAACGUGGAUCUCAUGCUGGCCACGCCGCCCUUCAGCCGGCAGGAAAAGCUGUUCGCCACGCUGGUGCGCUAUGUGGGUGAGCGCAAGCAUCAGGUGUACCGGGAGAUGGCGGUGGCCAUCCUCUCCAACCUGGCACAGGGGGACACGCUGGCAGCACGCACCAUCGCCGUACAGAGGGGCAGCAUCGGUAACCUGGUGGGCUUCCUGGAGGAUGGCGUGACCAUGGCACAGUAUCAGCAGAACCAGCACAGCCUACUGCACAUGGGCCACCCACCCAUGGAGCCGCCCAGCACCAACAUGAUGUGCCGGGCCGGCAAGGCCCUGCUGGCCAUGGCCAAGGUGGAGGAGAACCGGCCUGAGUUCGUGCUGUACGAGGGCCGGCUGCUGGACAUCUCCAUCUCCUCUGUGCUGAACUCUGGUGUGGCCUCCCUUAUAUGUGAAGUGCUCUUUCAGAUUGGCCACUUAUGACAAGAGACGCAGAGAUCACAUGCGAUUGGUGGUUUUAUAUUUUUAUUUAAAUGAAAUCAAAUAAAGUUUGUUUUUUUAUAUAUAUAAAUAUAUAUAGUUCCUCUGGCUCAUUAACAUUUUCAUUUUGGAAUUUAAAAAAUAAUUUUAAUACAGAUAUUUAAUACCUGCCGUUCCUGUGUUCUAAGUGUAUUUCUUUGCUUCUUUUAUAUGUAAUUUUUUUUUUCUUUCGUUUAACCAAAGUUGCUGCCAGAUUUUGGAGAGGGUAUCUUUAUUUUUCUUAAUUUGAAAUUAGUUUUCUGAAUGUUCAUAAAUAUCGGUUUUGAUUUAUUUUUGGGAAGCAGAUUUAUUUAAAUUGUGAGAAAUAUUGUAGAUAAGUUAUCUUGCCACGUGCCGAGGAGAAAGGAGGACAAUGAGAACAAAAGGAACCUUGAUCUUACUUUUUUUUUAAAAAGUAAAUAUAUCCAUCUCUGAGAAAAUGAGUUGUGCAAUAGGAUUUAAUGUAAAUCAGCUUGGUAAGUAAGAGAAGUGUCUUUUAACAUGCAAUACAUGAAUUCGACCACAAGAGGGCAGUGUUGCAUCAGCCUGUCUUGGAGAAAAUUGUCCUCAUAAUUUUUGCUUCCUUCAACAGUGACAAAAUCUGGCUUGCUUCCUUAUUUGUUGUCACGGCUACAUCUUGAGUACACUUCCACAAAGGAACAAUUUUGUUUUUGUACUUCUGUUGCAUUUUUUUAUUUUCUAUUUUGCCGGUUGGCCAAUAUGUAUAUAAUGUUGUACAUUGGACACCCCCACAUUUUUACCCCUUAAAUUUUUUUCCCCAGUUCUUUUUCAGAGAUGUGGUACCUACAAAGUGAUGGUAGUUUUUAAUCAUUAUUAUAAUUAUUGUUAAUGUUGUUAUUUAAUAUUAUAAAUAUUUUGUUAUCUGGGUCAUAUCUUCAAGCAAGGUUCAUGUAAAGGUUCCUAUCUGUUUGUUUUAAAAAUAAUUAUAAAAAUUCUCGUAUGCUUUGUUCUGUAGCAGACAGCUGUUCACACCAGUUGCUUCGUUAACCAGAUGUGGAAGUGAUUACAUUCAGAUGGUUACUAGAAAAGGUUACAAAAGAACGAAGAACAGGUUUAAUGGGCUUUUUUUUUCUCCCCACCAGUGAUGCAAAUGGUCAUAUUUGUACUCCAGAAUAAUGUAGUUAAAAAGAAUGACAAACAGCAGAAAAUACCAACAAAGGAUGUAAAUGACACCUUUUUCCUCUGACUCAAUAUCAUUUAUUCAGUAUAAAUCUUUAUACUAUAUGUUCCACAUGUUAAGAAUAAAUGUACAUUAAAUCUUGUUAAGCACUUUGA